AUGAAGAUGACUGUAAAUCGUAUAAGGGUAGUGGUGCUCGGAAGCCCGCGGAGUGGAAAAUCGGCGGUGGUUGUGCGUUAUCUAACAAAACGGUACAUCGGCGAAUACAGUUCUACAGGGGAUUUCCUCUAUCAACAUAGAGUUGCUUUUGACGGUGCCGUCUCAGAAGUUGAAAUACUCGACACAUCAAAUUGCGCGAUUCGCGGCUGCAUAGGUGACCACGUGCGGUGGGGCGAUGCGUUUGCGGUUGUGUACUCUGUGUGCGAGAGACGCUCGUUUCUGGCGGCCGCGGAGAUCCUCUCGCUGCUCGUUCGAAGCCGGCUACCGGGCUGCGCAGCUAUAACCCUCUUAGGGAAUAAAAGAGACCUCGAACACGCCAGGGAGGUCCAUGCAGAGGAGGGUCAGGAGCUGUCGCUGCGGUUCGGGUGCCAGUUCUACGAGGUGUCGGCGGCGGAGUCGAGCGCGGGCGCGGCGCUGGCGUUCCACGCGCUGCUGCGGGAGGCGCGCGCGCUGGCGCUGCUGCUGCCCGCACCGCGCCGCAAGCUCGCUGCCUACUCCGUCUCCAAGGUCAUCGGCACGAUAUUCGGCAAAAACAGCAAAAGUGUACGAAAGAAACGACCGUCGCUCAGUAUUUAA